AUGCUUCACUACGCCAAGCUGGACAAGUGUUUUUGGGCUGAAGCAGCAAUGACGGCGAUCUACAUCAAGAAUCGCCUACCAUCGCCCAAGUGCCAAGAUCGAACCCCAUUCGAGAUCGUCAACGGAUUUCGACCAAGUGUGAAGCGCAUGCGGGUUUUCGGCUGUGUUGACGGUCAUCGGUUUCCUACCAGUAUUGGUAACCGUGACCGGUCCAAUCCGAACCGCCUGUUCAGCUUAGUAUUUACGACGUAG